CAUUAGGGACUUUAGUUUAUUUCCGUUCGGUUGAGUUGAAGGAAGGACCGUAUUCUUUUCUACUUUGAGUUGAUUUUUCCUUAAUUUCAUUUGCGUUUGUGUUCUACAUUUUCGUUUUGUACUUCGGUUCGGUUUUUAUAUAAAAAAUGCAAUAAAUAAAUAAUAAACAUUAAAGGAAAUUAUUAAUUAAAAAAUUCAUUUACUUAAUUUAUUUCCCGUUCUACUCGAUUUUGUGAAAACGCUUUUAUGAAAAUCAAUGGAAGAGUUAGUAAAAUAAUAAUUUUUCUAGUGCUGCGGUAUUGCAUCUAUAAAGGGUGUCAACAAACAAGUUAUUAACAUACAAAAGAAACAAACCAUCAGUAUUAUUGUUGAGGAACUAAAAGAAAGGUUUAUUCGGGACUUCGUAAUCAAAAACAUAAUUUUCUUAAUUUUAUAUUUAUAAUUUGAAAGCUUUUGAACACUAAACGUUAUUUGUUAAAUUAUAUAUUCUUCGUUCCUGUGCCAUUUGUGUUUUGGACGAAACGAAUAUCCCAUAUUUACAAUAUAUUUGUCACUAAAUGAUGACUACCAGCUCUAAUAGCAACAACAUGGUUGAAAGUCAACAACAGCAGCAAAACGGCAGUAGCAGUCUCGGUGCUGCUACCGGGAGCGGCGCAGUAACAGCAGCAACGGCUACCGCUAAUGCUGGUAGUAAUAACAAUAACAAUAAUAAUACAAGUGCUAACAACAACAACAAUAAUAUGGAUAACGACUCUAAAACAAAUUUGAUUGUGAAUUAUUUACCCCAGACGAUGUCUCAAGAGGAGAUUCGGUCGUUAUUUGUUAGUUUUGGGGAUGUGGAGAGUUGCAAACUGAUUAGAGAUAAAGUUACAGGUCAAAGUCUCGGGUACGGAUUUGUAAAUUAUAUAAAACAAGAAGAUGCUGAGAAGGCAAUAAGCUCACUCAAUGGCUUGCGUUUACAAAAUAAAACUAUUAAAGUUUCAGUAGCCCGUCCUAGUUCAGAAUCAAUUAAGGGUGCAAAUUUAUAUGUUUCUGGUCUUCCCAAAAAUAUGACUCAACCAGAACUCGAAGUACUAUUCAGUCCAUAUGGCAAGAUAAUUACCUCAAGAAUUUUAUGCGACAAUAUCACAGGUCUAUCGAAAGGUGUUGGCUUUAUUCGUUUCGAUCAACGUCAUGAAGCUGAUCGUGCUAUAAAAGAGUUAAAUGGAACUAUACCAAAAAACGCCACCGAUCCUAUUAUUGUUAAAUUUGCCAAUAACCCCAGUAAUAAUAAGUCCUUACAACCACUGGCUGCUUAUUUAACGCCACAGACUGCCAGAGCACGCGGUUUUCCCGCCGCCGCAGCGGCAGUUGGCGCAGCUGCUGCAGCGGCGGCUAUACAUCCUUCGGCAGCAAGCCGCUACAGCUCGGUGAUUUCACGUUAUUCACCUUUGGCUGGUGAUCUUUUGGCGAACACAAUGCUCCCGGGGAAUCCCAUCAACGGUUCCGGAUGGUGUAUUUUCGUCUACAAUUUGGCACCAGAAACUGAGGAGAAUGUAUUGUGGCAGCUAUUUGGCCCAUUCGGUGCCGUGCAAUCAGUUAAGGUUAUACGUGAUCUGCAAACCAAUAAGUGCAAAGGUUUCGGCUUUGUCACUAUGACUAAUUAUGAGGAAGCUGUUGUCGCCAUACAAUCCCUCAAUGGAUAUACAUUGGGCAACCGUGUACUUCAAGUCAGCUUUAAGACGAAUAAAACAAAGCAAACCAACAGCAACAUCAAUGCCAACAGCGGUCAGCACAAUAAUAGUAACAGGCUGCAACAUCAGGGCCAGCAACAUACUAAUCGUAAAACACAGCAACUCCCCACGGCGGCUACARCAACAAGAGCCACUGAUUUGCAAUCACUAUUGAAUUUGCCACCACCACAAACCCCACAUCAAGCAGCGGCAGCCGCGGUCGCAGCAGCAACAAUUGCAAAUGCAGCUGCAGCCGUAUCGAUUAGUUCAUUUGGUGCCAAUGGUUGUAAUCAGCGAACAGGUGCUGUAUCUAUGGCAGGGCGCAAUCCAAUACCUACACCACCUCAGACACAGGCUCUCAUAAAGACAGCAAGCAAAUUUAUCUACAACAAGCCACGCAAUCACUUUGAGUUAUUACAACAGCGUGUGCAAAUGCAACAAGAAUUUGCACAUCUUCUUACGAGUGUUGCUGCGAGUAGUGCAGCUGCAGCUGCAGUCCAACAACAUACACAGCAUCGCGGUCGGGGCGCAGCGGGAGCAGCAAACAACAACUUCGCCGGCACAUCCAUCAGUAACACUCGUGCCGCGCAAGCUGCAGCAGCAGCCGCAGCAGCUGCAAAAAAUUCACUUUCUUCCCUUUUACCUUAUUCGAAUUGGUUCUUUUAAGUUAUACUUAUGUUAUUUCUAUUGGAGUUUCUUUAUUAGUUUUAGGUACAAAAUGUUAAUUAUUAACAAAUUGAGUUCUUGAAUUUUAAUCACUUACGUUUCUUUGAUUAUAAGAUGCGUUCGUUAUUUAUUGCGGAUAUGCAAUAUUUAGAGAGGUAAUAUAAUUGCUUAAGAGCUUUCGGGAAUUAACGCUUAGCCAAUAAUUUUCAAGAUGAUAUAAUUAUUGAUAUUGAUAUCGUGCUGAAGUUACAAUUCUUAUUGUUGAAAGAAUCCAAAUUGCUUUUGUUUACUUUUCGUCACUAUUACYUACAGUUUAAACUUAGGUGAUUCGAGUACUGUUUUUAACUUUGACUACUGAAUAUUAAUAUACAUACAUAUAUAUUUACUGUUUCUUUUAUUUUAUAGUAUUUUGUAAGAAUUGUUAUAUUUGUUUAAUAUGGAAUUACUUAAACUGCUUUAAUCGAUCAUGAUGCAAAAUUUUAUAGAUACACCUUUGAAAUAAGUUAAGAUUUGGAGAAUAACGAGCGUUUCAAACUAAUUAUUUAUUCACAAUAGUAAUAAUUUUUAGCAAAGAUUUGUAAAUCAAAGUAGUUAUUAAUUUUUUCCUACAACAAAUAUUUCGAAGUUACUUCAGUUUCAUCCAAUUGGUUUAAAACAUUAUUUGCAUAGAUUGAUAUUAUUUUAUUAUUUAAAGUUUUCUUUAUUAACAUAAAAUGUAUUUCACUUGCAUCGUACAUCAUCUAACCUGCAUAUGAGCCGAAAAGAUUUAUAACAUUCUUAAAAUUAAAGUUUUUACAACAAACUAUGUAUGAAAUCGCCACAUCUUCUUUUGCUACAUUUUUUAACAAGUGAGUAUAUACCCAUAAUUCGAACGCAUUUUUAMAUUUUUUGAAAGCAUACAAGUAUAAAAUCCUAGUUUUACAACUUAUAAAUCAGACAGUUUGUUCAUAAUGCCAUACAAAAUUUACAAAAUGUUAAACGUAUUGCAAAAUAUGUAUAAUACGGAUAUAGUAAUUGUACAUAUUUGUUAGUGCUGAAAGUAUUUUUAGAAUUAUAUUGAAUAAGGUGUUUGAAAUCACAUAAUUCGAAUAUUUAUGUUUUUCUUCGGUCUUGUAUAAUGAACAUAAAGUAGCUCCCAGUUCUGACUAUUAACAAUUUGCAGUAUACUACAUUACAAUCUAUGAUAUUCAAAUAAAUUUUAUACAUGUACUUGAAAGUAAUUUUAUACAUUUAAAGAUGUAUUUGAAAUAAAAAAAAGUGCAUAACCAAAAUAGGCAAUUACUACAGCAUUAAUUUUCAAUGAGAAAAUUAGUCUAAACUACCUGCGUUAGUUAAUACAAAUUACCUAUUUGUUUUGCAUACGAGAGUUAUACCUACGUUUUUCCAGGAUUUUCAGUACUGUUUUUCCCUGUUUUUUUAAAUUAAAAAAAAAAAAAUUCUAAACCAAUUUUGUUAAAGUUGAGUCAAAUACAAAGUAAUGAGAAUAUAUAUAUUUAUGAAUAAAUAAUAGGAAGGAACUAUACUAUACAUAUAUUUUUUACAAUUAUAAAAAUACAUGCUUAUGGAUAUGUCAACCAAACCAUUCCUGUUUUUAUAAUCCUUGCAAAUCAUUUUGAAAAGUGAUAACAAUAGUUUUUUUGUUCCUGUAUGUAUUCAUUUCCAAAGUUAUUGAGUUUUAAUUUAUAACAUUUGGAAACGUAGUCAGAGAAAGAAUACCACAUGAAAUUCACAAAAUGAGGAAAUCUGUAUGAUUAAAAAAUAAAUUCUACAAAUUUCAAAGUACAGUUUCGGAAGGUAAUAAAGACGUUUUAUUUCAAGAUAUUAUUUCUCUAGAUAAAAAGUGUAAUUUGUAAUUUCUUUAAUUAAACUUGUGAAGAGUCGAUUUCAACAACAUCUAUUCUUCAUUUGAUAUAAAAACUAGAAAGUGAUACACACUACAAUGGACCUAAUUUAUGUAAGUACAUUUGUAUUUUGCAUAUACAAAAUAAUUGGUACUCACCUUAAUUUUUGUAUUAUUAAAUACCAUACCUUUUUAUACAUGCGCAAUUAAAAUCAGUUUUCUUCCCGCCCUAUGUUAAUUAUAUUUAAUAAUUAUGUUAUGUGCAUAUACACCUCACCUCACAUAGUUUACUUAUAUACGUACAUAUACAUACACACAUAUUAAAAAGUAUCACAAUUAUUUGGCUUUGUGAGAAUCCCGAUUGUGCAAAGCAUUAACAUUGUAAUUUGUUUUAACUGCAAUGUGACUUACUUCAAACGAUGUGUCCAAGAAACCUGGAAGAAGAUUUAAAUUAACUGCAAAUUGACAGCAGAAGUACAAUAACAAGUGAAUACGAAUAAGGGGUUGUUAUUAUAAUUUAUUUAUAUUUAUUAAUAAUCAUAUUUUCUUACUUUUUUAAUUAAAACAUAGUCUUCACUUUUUUGUAUACUUAGUUUCUUGUAAAAUUGGAUAGAAUCAUUAAAACGUACUUAAAAAUUUCGAAUACAACGAAUGAAAGUUUGUGAGUUUACAAGAAGCAAAGAUACACCGAAUUCAUCCGAAACUCAAAGCGAAUACAACCGGAGGAUGCUUUGUUUAACAAAUACUGUAUGGUUUAGGAGGUAUUUAAUAAAUAUAAAUUAAAUACUUAUUAAAAAUAGCUAAGUUUUAAAAGACGCUAAUAAAUAUAAAUACCACGAGAGUAAUAUACGAAUAUGUAAUAAAAGUUAGCAAUGAAAAUACAAGACAAAAAAGAGCACCAAGAUAAAAGAGAUGAUUUAAAAUUUAAUAUUAGAGAAAACKAAAAUCAGGAAG